UCGGGCACCUCCCCCAUGCAGCCCAGGCCCGCCCGCCCGCUCCCCAGCUCGCGCUCCCGCACAUCUGGCCCUUCCGCGCACAUCUGGGCAGCUGGCGGCGCCACAGCAUGAACAGCUCCCAAGCGGGCGCUUCGCCCCCCGCCACCUGGCUGAGCUCUUGCUGCAACCAGUCCGGGGAGCCGCUGGAGCCCCCCGAGGGGCCGCGCGUCGUGCAGGCGGCGGUGCUGGGAGUGCUGUCGCUGCUCGUGCUCUGCGGGGUCCUGUUCCUGGGCGGUGGCCUCCUCCUCCGCGCCCAGGGCCUGAUGGCGAUGCUGGUCCGCGAGCGGCGCGCGUCCCGUGAGGCCGAGCCCAGCAGUGCCAGCGGAGGCGAGGACGACUCCUAGGCUCCCGUGCGCUCCAGGGUCUCGGCCUCCAGGCGGCCCAGGACUGGGCACCCAACGGGGGCUGCGGAGCGGGGGGCACCAUGUCCUUCCCCCGAGGCUGGCGCCCGCUCAGAUUCUUGAGCCUCAUGUAUCUCCCAGAGUUCUGCCGCUCUCCUACAGCACCGGGGGACCUGCUGCCUUUGAUCCUUGAGUGGUGCAGACAAGACCAGGAGAAAGCUGGCUUGUGCUCUAGACUCUUGACAUUGGUGGUAUCCUGCUCCCACCCUCCCUCCAGUUUGAACUGUUUCUAGCUGAUCCUGAAAGAGCAUCACCGGCCAUAGCCCCCUCUGCCCUAGCCUCUCUUCAGAGGUGGCUACUCCUCUUCAGACACCCAGAGCCAAAUCCUUCCAAGGGAGGGUAGGGAAGUGGGAGGGCCCACAGUGACGCUCAUGCCGGCACUUGGCUGCCCCCCAGUGGCCAGUGUGGGCGAGAGCACCACUUCCUUCAACUGGUGUUCUGGGGUCUAAUCCUAGCCCAGCCUUAACCAGAGGUGCUUUGAAAUGAGAGCGGAUUUUGUGAGUGUGUGCCCUGAAUUCUAGAUGGUAAACCAUCCCGAGCCUCCGUCUCUUCAUCUAUUAAAAAUGGGGGCAGCAGUGUCCUUAUGAGGAUCAAACAGGCCAUAUGCUUGUCCAUAGAUAAAAAGAUUUUCUACACUGUAAUUGCCAUGUGAUGCUAUUUUUCUCCCUGUGAACCCAACCAUCCCGAGGAGAGGUUAGAACCACCCACCCUGUUCCUGGGAACCCUUCACUUAUUCAUCUUCUCCAUGGGUAUUGACCGAGUGACUGCUCUGUGCCAGGCAGGUGCUGGGGUCUGGGAGGGGGAGGAGGUGAACGGUGAACGCCACAGAGCCCUUGCCCUCGAGGAGCUCAUAGUCCAGGAAAGAGUGCUGCCCACAGAACUGAGGUUAACAUAGAUCGUCAGUCAUGUCCAGCAUCAGCAGAGCUAAGAGCAGAGAGUGUCGCAGAGAAGGUGGUGUACUGAAAGGGCACUCACAGGGCGGGCGGUGGGGGUGGGAAGAAGGACAUUCUGGACAAAGGUGCGGGAGGUGUGAGGCUGGGGGUGCCUACAAGCAGGAUAUGGAGGGAGAUGAGACCAGAGGGGUGGUGGCUGGAGAGGAGUGGUAUUUACCCUGGGGUAGGGAGGUAUCUAGAAGGUUUCAAGCUGUGAAGUGACAUGGUAAGAUCUAGAUCUUAGGGGACUGGGAGGGAAGUUGGUAGGUGGGAGCAGGCUGGACAGCAGGGAGGCUGUGAUCAAAACCCGGCAAAGUCAGGGCACCUGAGUGGCUCAGUAGGUUCAGGGUCUGCCUUCAGCUUGGGUCAUGAUCUUAGGGUCCUGAGAG